AUGGUUGCCACCUUAUCUACCGACGCGUGUAAGAAGGCGAUCAGGAGGUUUAUAGCACGACGGGGCUUCCCUCAGGAAAUUUACUCUGACAACGGUACAAAUUUUGUGGGAGCGAGCCGGGAGUUGCACGAAGAAAUUGGCAGAAUUCACACUGCAUUGGGCAGCACAUUUACGAAUGCACAAACCCAGUGGCGGUUUAACCCUCCUGCUGCUCCUCAUAUGGGAGGCUGUUGGGAGAUGAUGGUUCGGUCCGUAAAAUCGGCUCUUGGAAGCGUGCCGGUUGUAAGGAAGUUAGAUGACGAAUCGCUCGCUACGGUACUGGCAGAAGCUGAGAGCAUGGUGAACUCUCGACCGUUGACGUUGGUUCCGUUGGAAUCGGCUGACCAUGAGUCGUUAACGCCCAAUCACUUCUUGCUCCUCAAUUCCAAUGGAGUACGAGAACCAGAAAAACUUCCAACGGAUGAGGGAAUGGUGUUGAGGAACAGUUGGAACAUGGUUCAGCAUACCAUAGAUAACUUUUGGCGCCGCUGGGUGGUGGAAUAUCUACCGACCAUUAUAAGACACACAAAAUGGUUCCGAGAUGUAAGACCGAUCAAGGUAGAAGAUUUGGUGCUCGUGGUGGAUGAGAAUAUCAGGAACCGGUGGCUACGUGGAAAAGUGAUCCAUACAAUUCCUGGAAAAGAUGGAAUUACUCGUUGCGCAGAGGAGAUGACAUCAGCAGGGAUUUUGAAGAGACCUGUUAAAAAAUUGGCUUUGCUGGAUUUAGAAAAAUUUGGUGACGCUGAACCAGAAGUUAAGGCGAUACGGGGGGAGACUGUUCGCCGCACCAGUCCCUCGAACAGGUCUGUGACGGUGUGUAACGCAACUCUAACGGAUGAUCUGGAAAGUAUGGGAGAAAGCGACAGUAUGAAAAAACGUAAACAUAAGCAAAACAGAAAUUAUACAAAAAGUGGUGAUUUGGUUAAUUGGUGA